AACAUCGUGCAGUACUUUGGAGCGUCAGUGCACCUUGAUUUUGACCAGCAUGGCGACCAGAGAUGAUUCUGACCUGAGACAAGAUGAGGGAGAGAAAGGGCGUGGACAUCAAGAUUCUCCUCGUACCUACACGUGUAGAGAGUGUGGCAAGGAGGUUAGUUACCUGAGUUCUCUGAAGCGACACAUGCGGACUCACACGGGUAAGAAACCGUACCGAUGCGAUGAAUGUGGCAGGCAGUUCUGUGAGCUGGAUAGUCUCAAAAGACACAUCCGGGCUCACACUGGUGAAAAACCCUACAAGUGUGAAGAGUGUGGCAGGCAGUUCAGCAUGCUGAGUAGUCUGAAUGAUCACAUGAGAACUCACACUGGUGAGAAGCCAUACAGAUGUGAGGAGUGUAGCAAGCACUUUCGUCACCUUCACGGUCUAAAGACUCACAUGCGGAUUCAUACGGGUGAGAAACCGUACAAGUGUGAGGAGUGCGGCAAGCAGUUUAGUGACCUGCGUAAUCUAAAGAGACACAUGCGGACUCACACUGGUGAAAAGCUGUACAGAUGUGAGGAGUGCAGCAAGCAGUUCAGUCAUCUUGGUCAUCUUAAGACUCACAUACGGACUCACACAGGGGAGAAACCCUACAAGUGUGAGGAGUGCAGCAAGCAGUUCAGUCAUCUGGGUAACCUGAAAACACACAUGCGGACUCACACUGGUGAAAAGCUGUACAGAUGUGAAGAGUGCAGCAAGCAGUUCAGUCAGUUGUCGACUCUAAAGAGACACAUGAGAAACCGCACAUGUGUGAAGAAUGUAUUAUUCAAGUAGUUUGCAAACCCACACUGGAGAAAGUCUGACAAUGUCAGAUUGAGUUCUAUUUGGAUUUUUUGCCAAUGGGGCCUCUUAUUUGCUGGUUUUCUCCCAAUACUGUAUCCGCUAUAUGGCAGCAUUGUAAAGUUAGGAAUAACGAAAAGUUUAUAUCAUAGUCAUUGCAUUCUUCGUAGGCUAUCGUCGCCCGUAGAUUUAGUUAAGAACUAGAAGUAGUGAGUAAAAGGAAUGCAGUUGUGGAGAGUUACCCCAAAAGACACCGUUCGGUCAAUGUGCAAUCGCCCGUAUGUUGUAGCACUUACUAGUUCUCUUUCUUUCAGUAAUUAAAAUCACCGUGAAUAUACUAGAUCGUUUAGAAUGAGUUGCAGCAUUGCUAACAUAUUAUGAAGGCAUUAAGAUGUUGCUGAGUACCUGAGUACUUGUUUUUCCUGGUUUUCUGUAAACUACAUAACAUCUGGGUCCAUAAUAUCACCAGGGUCCAU